AGUAUAAAUAACGUGCGAAUAAACGUGAGUUGUUACAACCCUGUGUUUGUUCAUUAGAUGAUAAAUAUUUACAACUGGGAGAUAAAUUUGUUAUACACAAGCUGACCGUACAUAGUAGUUACAGAUGAAACAGCUUACGGAAGGAGAUCCAAUUCUUCAGGGACAGAUGGCUACCCAUUCUCCAGUAAAGAUCACGUUAAUCGUGCUAACCCUGCUAGCGUUCGGCCUAGUGGCAGCAAUUAAUGCCCUAGCAGCAACAAGUGAUGGCGGAGGUAUAUUCCAGAACAACACGGGCACUAUUUCCAACCUUUUUAAUCUAGAAGUAACGCCUGCUGGCUGGACAUUCAGUAUUUGGGGUUUCAUAUACGCAUGGCAAGCUAUUUGGAUCAUAUACGCGCUAACGACAAUAUGCCGCCGUAAAGUUGGAACAUAUUUGUACCUGAUGCCAGUCUAUCCAACUGCAUUGUUUAUAUCUUAUAUAAUUAAUAACAUUCUCAAUGUUUCGUGGUUGUUUGCGUGGGACAGGACAAAGAUUGCCAUAGCACUUCCGCUACUCGCUUUACAGCCGUUCACGUUGUAUAUUUGCCUUUUCUUUUCGUUUAGAACACUGUACAACAAUCUGGAUUAUUUAACAAGAAACAAACUGACCGUUGACAUUUGGCUUAUCCGUUUAUUGAUCCAAAACGGUAUUGCUUUUUAUGCUGCAUGGGUUACCGUGGCAACUCUUCUUAACUUUGGUGUCGUUUUAACAUAUAAAGACGGAAGUGACGUCACUGACACAUUUUUAUCACAAGACAUCUCCAGCACCAUAAUUCUGGCUAUUGUUACAGCAGAAAUUAUUCUAUGGUUUAGCCUCGAUCUGACAAUACUCGAUAAGUAUACACGUUACACUUUCGCGCCAUAUAUCACACUUACUGUGGCUAGUGCUGGGAUUGUAUCAAAGAACUUUAACCUUGACACAGCAUACCGAAACUCCGUGUUCAGUGUAGUCAUAUUAGUUACUGCCAGCAUUUGUCUCGUUGUCAAGGUAACUGUGAUGAUUUGGAGACACUUCAAACGGCCAAUACAACCUCUUCUUCAAGACUUUAAACCAACCGUUUGAAGUGUUGAUAACAUGUACGUUUUUACAUGAUAUCCUUUAGAAAACCAAAGACAAAAACGCUUUGUCUAGCUUUCCUAUAUACAAUUGCAAAAGGUCAUAAAUUAUAGCGUGACCUUCCUCAAAUUGGUCAGUGACCCAUUAUAAAUUCGGUGAAUAAUUGACCAAACAGUAACAGUGACUAAAUACUUUAAAAUGGGUCAAAAGAAAUUGAGAUUAACCAUAAAGUAUAAAAUGAACAAACCUUAAGAAACUAUUAAAACUUUGGAAAACAAACAAGUACAUAUUUUAUAAACAUGAAUUGUGAAACAUUAUAAGGACAUUGUUUAUGUGUUAUUUUAUUCAUAAAUUUUAUUUUAGCUUUGUAA